UUAACACACACACAACCCCCUCCCACCGAUAAUGAUCUGUUAUUCAAACACUCAUUCAUUCAAAUCCCUAACCAGCACAAACAUGGCGAGACACGAGAGAAGCAAGAGCAGCAGCAGGAGAGAGAAACCAUCCUCUUCUCGGAAGAAGCAACGCCGCCAUUCCGACAACGAUUCGGCCGUGUCACAGUCCGAGACCGACUAUGACUCGAACUCCUCCCGCGACCGCAGUAGACGCCGUCGACGAAGUAACAGUCACCGGAGAAGAGAAUCCUCUCCGGAAACCUCCGAAGACUCCGGAGACAGGAGGAAAAGGAAGAAGAAGGUCUCGGAGGAGGAGAUAAAAGAGUAUCUCGCGAAGAAGGCGCAGAAGAAGGCAAUGCGAGUCGCGAAGAAGCUCAAGACUCAUACCGUGUCUGGCUACUCGAACGAGUCGAAUCCGUUCGGUGAUGCGAAUCUCAACGAGAAGUUUGUGUGGAGGAAGAAGAUUGAGAGGGAUGUGUGCGAUGGAGUGCCAAUGGAGGAAUUUACUGUGAAAGCUGAGAAGAAGCGACAGAAGGACCGGAUGUCGGAGAUUGAGAAGGUAAAGAAGAGGAGGGAGGAGAGAGCGUUGGAGAAGGCGCAGAGAGAAGAGGAGAUGAUUUUGUUGCAGAGGGAACGAUCUAGGGCUGAAGCAGAUGAUUUUGAAAAGAAGGAGGAAGAGUUUCAUUUUGAUCAGAGUAAAGUUAGGUCGAGGAUUCGAUUGCGCGAGGGGAGAACGAAACCGAUUGAUGUUCUUACUAAGUAUCUCGAUGAUUCGGAUGAAUUCGAUGUUGAGUUGGAUGAGCCUUACAUGGUGUUUAAGGGCCUUACUGUUAAAGAAAUUGAAGAGCUUCAUGAUGAUAUAAAAUUGCAUCUUGGCUUAGAUAGGGCCACACCAACUCAUGUGGAAUACUGGGAGGCAUUGAUGGUGGUUUGCGAGUGGGAGCUCGGUGAAUCAAGGCGAAAGGAUGCAAUUGAUCGAGCUAGAGUGCGCGGAGAGCAACCACCUGCCGAAUUACUUGCUGAAGAAAGAGGUAUGCAUUCAAGUAUAGAAACAGAUGUCAGAAAUUUCUUGGAAGGCAAGAGUUACAAGGAUUUGGUAGAACUGCAAGCACAAAUUGAGUCUGAGAUGCGUUCUGGAAAAGCCAAGGUGGUUGAGUAUUGGGAAGCUGUGGUUAAACGGCUUCACAUUUACAAGGCAAAGGCUUGUCUCAAGGAAAUCCAUGCCAAGCUGCUUAGGAAACAUUUGCACCGCCUUGAACAGCCUCUCCAGGAUGAAAACGUGAAAUCUGAGGAGGAAAAGAUAGAAGAGGAGGAAAGUGAGGAAGAAGUCAAAGUAUGUCUAGAUGCUCGAGCAUUUUCUCCAGAACCCAUCAUCACUCACGAGGAAGCUCAGGAGUCGGAAGCGGAGGAUGGGUCCUUUUCUCCACAGCUCUUACACAGUGAAGACACUGAAGAGGCAAUUGAUCCAGAGGAGGACAGGGUUAUAUUGGAAAGGAAGCGUUUGGCGGUUAUUGAGGAACAACGAGCGAAGGAGGCAAUGGCUUCAAAACCUCGUGCUCAACCAGAGGAUGACUUAGAGGUUAGGGCUAGAAAAGUUAUGGGAGUCGUGGAGGAUGGUGAUGCGGUAUUUGGUGCUGGUGCCGAAAUUAAUCUAGAUUCACAGGUGUAUUGGUGGCAUGACAAAUAUCGACCAAGAAAGCCCAAGUACUUCAACCGUGUUCAUACUGGUUAUGAAUGGAACAAGUAUAACCAGACACAUUAUGACCAUGAUAACCCUCCUCCAAAGAUUGUCCAAGGGUACAAGUUUAAUAUCUUCUACCCGGAUCUUGUUGAUAAAAUUAAGGCGCCCACAUAUUUUAUUGAGAAAGAUGGCGACAGCAGUGAGACUUGUAUCAUUAGGUUCCAUGCCGGCCCUCCUUAUGAGGACAUAGCAUUCCGAAUAGUGAAUAAAGAGUGGGAAUAUUCCCAUAAAAAAGGUUACAAGUGCACCUUUGAAAGAGGAAUAUUACAUGUGUAUUUCAACUUCAAGCGGUAUCGUUACCGGAGGUGAAGAUACUUCCGCUCUGUACGUGGACGUGAAAGUUUACACCCUGAUCUGCCUGAGUUUGAUCCAAAGAUGGUAAAAAAGUUGUAUUUCUGGAAGACUUGUACAUAUUACACAUUUACACUAACGAAUUUUGUUUUAGAAACCAGUGACUUUGGUGUUCUUACUAGUAUAUGUCAUGCACUAUUUGGCUUUCAUAGAUCUCUACUUCC